AUGGAAUCCCCCUUAACCCAGCAAAGUAGGCCCGAGCAUUUCAAACCAAAGAUUGUGCAACUAUAUGAGAACCUACUCCAAACCUCUGAUUUUGCAGACCCCUCGGAGGGGUUUUGGAAGGAAUUCUUUUUGUUGCCCCCUGACCGCGGCCAGCUUGGUUCCAUCCUCGACCAGCUAAGUCCUGAUGACAUUUUGAACUUGCAGACGCAAACUCGGCAACUUUUUACCCGUGCAAUCCGGGAGGCAGCCUCUGGCUCCAACCCCGUAGACUCCUAUGCACUGGACACCUUGACGGUCUUUCUAGCCUGUGUUCUGAGGAAGAAGUAUACCAACCCCAGUUCUGACCUCAUUACUGUCCUUGCUGGACUUGACGAUGUGGACCAUGUUAUCUCGAACUUUGUCACCGUGUUGGAUGGUAUCGUCCGCAAUGGGAGCAGCUGUGAGUACCUUAACACUGAACCUCGGCCUCUUUCUGGUUGCAAAGCCCCCAAGUUGCACUUCCUGACCGACUCCAACGGGGCAUACAAGACUGGUCUGGUCUCGUACUUUGCGCAUCGCGACCUAUUCCCAUCGCUUAUGAAGUUUGUCCAAGAUGCCGAGGCUCCUAUUGAUGGGUUUGAGCCGUUCCUUCUUCUCGGAUUGCUGGCAAACUACAACAAGUUUGAGUUCCAGAACCCAUAUCAGCUGCGGCUGGACGACUUUGUCAAUGAGUCAAGUAUCAAAAAAAUCGUGAAGGGAGUCGGUUUGUCCUGUGGCGCCCUAAGGAACGGCUACGUUGCUGUGCAAGAUGACGCUCCCGAAGGAUGGUCCUUGAUUAGCACUCUGAUCUACUUUGGAUUGGGCGUGCUUGCUCCGAAUAGAAGGGACAAAUCAAGUCCACCCACUGCGGAAGAGGCGAAGGAACUGUUUUCGGAGCUUCCUGCUGAACAGGCAGCUAUCUUUUUAUCUACGUACGACUUUACAAAUGCGAAUAAGCUCUUUGGUUAUCAUCUCAUUACCUCCGCGCCAGAAAAGGACAACGAGGAAUCUCCUUUCGCGAGCUUUCUCUCUGUGACCUCCUACCUCAUGCAGCACGCUUACCGAUCCCCAAGGGUAGCACAAUAUGCCGAGCUCAAUCUUUUCACUCUCCGCAUUCUCUCCGAAGACUCAUCCCUAUGCAAGCAACUCUGCAGCGAAGAUACCAAGAGAAAGAUCCGCCUCUGUCGACAAAGACAGCCAUAUCUUCCUCUAGUCACUGGGGACCGAGUCCUUGCAACCGCCAUCUUCGACAUGAUGCUUGACACCAUAUCUCACAAUCUCCGGCGACGCCUUGACGUCAAUCUAUACAGCCAAGCAAUCGCGAUCCUUCUCCGUCUCCUCACCUAUCUAUCAAUGAACAAAAUCCGCCUGACAUACCACUGGUCGGAGCUCUGGCGCACCAUGCUCUCCCUGAUGCGGUUCCUAACAACCUACGUCUCUGAUCUAUCCGGCAAUCCACACAUCGAAACACUCACCACCACCCUCGUUGACGUGAUCGCAUUCUGCGUCUCCACCGGCGACACCUUUCUUCCUGACCCAGCCUCCUACGACGAUUUAUUCUAUAAACUAGUCGAGACUGGCCCCAUCGUGACAAAAUACCGUGAGGUCUAUUUCAAGUCCCCAACGUCGAAAAGCACAGACACCACCAAGGACGUCCACCUCGCUGCCAUCGACACCCUGAUCUCCGUCUCUACGCAUUUCUAUACCCUCUUGUUUAACUCGGAUCAGAGUGCUGAUGCGAAAACUGAUUCGCAGGCCACGGCGCCCAUUCCGGCAAACCAGAAAAAGAACCUCAGUCCUCGCGAGGUCCAUAAGAUUAUCAAACAGGGUUAUGACACACUGAGCAUUCAGUCUCCCGAUGGGUUGAGCGCUUGGACGAGAUACCGCGAGACAGACUGGAAAUCAGAACUGAAGCGGGUUGCGAGAUGUGCCGUUGAUGAUGCUAGGCAGUUGGUUGUGUAG